AUGCCAGAGCCGGCGUCCACGUCCAGCAACUCCUCCGCGUCCGUCCCCAUCUCCAUCCCCAGCGAUGAGGCGAUCCCCAGGGAGGAGGCGAUCCUCUCUCAACACCUCGAUCCCCAGUUCACGGCCUCCCUGCACGAUGAAGCUGCGUUCCCGGAUAUGGAGACCCGACCGAUCCCGUCGGGAACUCCAGAACCGCAGUCCUCCCUUCGACUCCAGGGCGGAGACAUGCACCGUGACCUCUACCGCCUCGACGCCAAAACGAAGCAAUCCCGCAUGGAUAAACGAGCCAAAUCGUUCUCCGCUGCCACGGUACGGCCGUCCGAACGCGAUGAAGAAGGGAUAGCUGCCCUGGAGCCCGGUAGCUUCCGUCGGCACUUUAUCCGUCAGAAUAUCGGCCAAGACCAUCCUGCCCUCCGACGUUCGUUCCUCGAGUACCUAGACAUGUACGGCAAUUUUGCGGGAGAGGACCUGGAAGAGACAGAGUCGGAAACAAGCGAGGAGAGCGUACAAGGGGAGGAGGAACCUCCGGAGCCAGAGCGGAGACCUUUGCUGGGAACUCGAAGACAUACACGGCGUCGCUCUUUCCGACCAGGCGAUGCGACCAAUACAAAGACUUUCUUUACCUUGCUCAAGGCGUUCAUUGGGACGGGUAUCAUAUUCCUGCCAAAAGCCUUUCGGAAUGGAGGAAUCCUGUUCUCGUCCAUCACACUCGUGACGGUUGCGUUAAUCUCGACGGUUUGCUUCCAUCUCUUGUUACAAUGUCGAAGGCACUACGGUGGUGGUUACGGAGACAUUGGUGAACGAAUCGCUGGGCCAAAACUUCGAUCGCUGAUCCUGGCAUCCGUCGCGAUUUCCCAAAUCGGAUUCGUCUGUGCGUGCAUCAUUUUCACGGCGGAGAACCUGCGAGCCUUCUUCCUUGCCGUCACGCCAGCAACGAUUCGCUCCCUUACCACCGCCCACUUGAUCGGGGUUCAGCUGCUCGUGCUUAUUCCCUUGGCGUUUAUCCGCAACAUCUCGAAACUCGGUCCGGUCGCCCUACUGGCUGAUGCAUUCAUCCUCUUCGGCUUGGCUUACAUCUACUUCUACGAUAUCGCCAGCUUGGCAACUCGUGGCAUUGGACCGGGGGUCAAGCUGUUCAAUUCGGACUCGUUUACGCUGACGAUAGGGUCGUGCAUCUUCACGUUUGAAGGGAUCGGGCUGGUCCUGCCCAUCCAAUCAUCAAUGAAGCGACCCCAGUCCUUCGACGGCUUACUGUACGCCGUGAUGGCAAUCAUCACCGUCUUAUUCACGGCCGUCGGAGCUCUCUCAUACGCUGCUUUUGGCCAGGAUACCCAGACUGAGAUUUUCACCAAUCUCCCGCAGGACAGCCCAUUGGUCAACACUAUUCAGUGCCUGUACUCGCUCGCGAUCCUGGUCGGCACCCCAAUACAGCUAUUCCCGGCUGUCCGAAUUGCCGAGGGCCAGCUUUUCGGCCAUCUCUCUGGCAAGCGAGACCCAAGCACGAAAUGGAAGAAAAACGUUCUCCGCACAAGCGCCGUCUUGGGAUGCGGAGUGAUCGCCGCACUGGGUGCAGGCGAUCUAGACAAAUUCGUCUCGCUAAUCGGGUCGUUCGCGUGCGUCCCUCUGGUAUACAUCUACCCGGCGUUCCUGCAUUGGAAAGGCGUGGCGGACACGCCCUGGGCGAAGCGAGGGGACUUGGCCAUGGUUGUUUUGGGCUUUGGAUUCAUGGUGUAUACCACGUCAGCAACGGUUUCAGUCUGGCUGAGGGGACGGGCCCCAUAG